CCUCUCUCUCUCUCUCUCUCUUGGUUAUCUUCUUGGGUUUCUCUAUUUUGUGUUUUCAAUUCAAGCUUUCAACAAUGGCGGAUCUUGAGACUGUAUGCUGUAUGUGUGGCGACAUAGGCUUUCCUGACAAGCUCUUCCGCUGCAACAAGUGCCACCACCGCUUUCAACACUCGUAUUGCAGCAACUACUACACUGAAUCAAUCAGGUCGAUUGAACAAUGCGACUGGUGCCAAAGUGAGAAAAGAAGCACAAAACAUGGUGGUUCUGCAAAGAAAUCAGUGGCCGGAGAUGAAACCGCCACCACAACCAGUAGAUCAGAGAACCCCGGCUACAAGAUCAAGCGACAUGAUCGUGAAGGGAGCUCCGAGAAGGGAAAAAGUUCGAGCGGCUUGCCUUCGCCGCGGACUGCUACUCGGCGGUACAAGCUUCUCAAGGAUGUAUUGUGUUGAAUCAAAGACAUGAUCGUCGCAUCGAAGGCUUUGUGAAUUUAGUCAUAAGUACUUAAUUAUGACCUUUUUUCUUUUUUUGGACUGAAAAGUUUUAUGUGUGCUAUGGUUCUUAGUAACUCUAUGUAUUGGAUCGGAUUUGAAUGAGUUUCUUGCCAUUCUCUCUUGUUUUUGUGGUACUAUUUCAUUUUUGGAUAA